AACUGGUUGCUACUGAACCUAACCUAUAACUACAUAAGUUAUAUUAUUUAAUAAAACAUAAUCUGAUGAAAUGGAUGAAAACAUAGAAAGAGUAUCUGUAGAGUACAAAAAUCUCUCAGAAAAAUUUUCAGAGCAGUCAGCAAACUACAAUAGACAAUAUUGCAGUAUUUAUUUGGCCCGUCUGAAAGAAAUGGAAACAUUACUUACAGAAAGGAUUGCAACGAAAUGGGGCGAUAAAUUCCCCAUAUGUAAACUGCACAAACUGGCAGAAGUAAGUUAUGAUAAAUGCAUCGUUAUCGGCACAAUAUUUAAAGACCAGAAGUUGAAACCGUCCAUAUUGAAACAAUUAGCGGAGGCUAAUCAACUUACUCCACAACCAAUACUCCAUCAUUUUACUGAUGAAUCUGACCAGCUUUUUCUUGAAGAUGAGCUCCAAAGAUAUCUGUUAUUGGGAACUUUAGAUAUAAAAAAAUUAGUGACAGGCAUAACAUGCGCUUUACUGGGAUCUGACAUGGGUAAGGGGAAGUUCAUGGUGGAAGAUUACAUCUUUGCUGGUUACAGACAACAAAUAGAAAGGCCUUUAUUUAAUGACGAUGUAUAUGUAGUUUUCCUUAGUGCCCUCAAUUUUAUAAAACAUGAAAACUUUACAUCUAACCUAGAACUUUUCGCAUAUUGGAUGAGUGGUAUGCUUGGGGACGAGGACACUGUCUCAAAAGUUGCUAGAGUUAUAAUAGCUGGAAAUAGCAUUAAAACUGUCACCGAGAAACUAAGACCGACCAUAUCAUUGACUAGUCGAGUUACGGAAUCCACCGAAUCGAUAGAAGCUGUGAAGUCGUUCGACUAUUUCCUAUUACAGCUAUGCGAGUUAGUCGAUGUUGAUGUAAUGCCGGGUGAACACGACCCAUCCAAUCACAUUUUACCGCAAAAGAACAUGCAUUACUGCAUGUUUCCCAAGUCGUCAGUGUAUAAAUCUCUGAACCAGGUACCCAACCCUUACUUCUGUUCACUGGAUGGUCUCAAAAUUUUUGGAACGUCGGGACAACCCGUCAGGGACAUCAUGAAUUUUUCAGAAAUCACCGAUCCUCUAGAAGCUUUAGAAAACUGUUUACAGUGGAAUCAUAUAGCGCCUACGGCUCCAGAUACUCUAGGAUGCUUUCCGUAUUAUAAUAAGGAUCCUUUUAUCCUCGACGAUUGCCCUCAUGUUUUCUUUGUUGGAAAUCAGGCAGAAUUUGGAACUAGGAUGGCCAGCGGUGAAAAUGGUCAAAAAGUCCGGCUGAUUUCCAUUCCAGAGUUCUGUAACACUUUCCAAGCAGUUAUUCUGAAUUUGAAGACUUUGGAUUGUAACACUGUGAUUUUCGAUACUUGUAAGUAACCGUUAUAUUUAGUCUUAGUGGAACUUUUUAAAUUAUUGUUUUAAAAUCAUAUUCAUAAGCUCGCCUCGAUUUUUGAAGUAAUAAAACAUGAAAUUACAAAAUAAA